GUCGAUGACCGAGGUAGAUCUCCCGGUACGUCGCGACAUUUCAUAAACACCUCGGUGUGCGCUGCGCCACCGAGCCCCGACGAACCAAUUACACUGGUCGAGCUCACCAGUGUGCCAGGCGGUCAGAAUGCGAUGGCCCACCUCAAAAAGCGCAAGCUGGAAGCAGAAUCGGCCGCCGUCAGCUCGAAGCCGAAACAGCCGCAGCAACAGCUCGCCACGCUGAACUCGAAGAAGACACUAUCGAACGACAUGGACACGGAACUCACUUCGAUGAACAACAACAAUAACAACAAUAACAAUAAGAGACGUAGAAAGAGUGCCGCACGUGACGAUCAGAAAUCAGUUUUAGCCAUCGAUGACAAGGGUCUGCCAUUGCCAAAGAAACGUGUGUUCUCCGGUAGCCCAGCCCGAAAGGCUAGCAAGAAUAAUAGCGAAGAUCCCGAGGACGACGAGACUUUGAUUCGCGAGACCGAGGCUGCUUUGAAAAGUCUAUCGGGUAGUUGGGCACCAACACCUCGUGGCUCGUUCUACCAGCGUGGUAACUCGGACGAGGACCGAUACGAGUCGAAUUUCGAGAACUUAUUUGAAGAGAAAAAAGACGGAACCAAAAUGUCGCCCUCGUCACAGCCCUCCACAAUGAACAACGACAUGGGUAGCUCGCUCAAAGACGUCAUCAAGUUAAGGAGCCAGCACGACAGAAAGAUGCAGCAACAAAACGCUUACAAGCAGUUCAACGGCGGCAAGAUGAAGAAAGAAGACUGUGACGAAGAGAAGAAAUUGAAUCGAUCGGUAGCUUACAAAGCAAGGUCGCGCUACGACCCGCCGGACUUCAACGAACUCGUCGACGAGUCAUCCAACGAAUUGGAGAUCGACAUGUCCGAUCCAGCGGUAGCCGAGCAAUCCGACAAAGACCGCGGUUGUAAAUCAAAUUCGACAUCGCCCAAGCAGCAGAAUGUCUAUAGCGCCUACCAACGACCCUACGUUGACGGUCUCAAGGUCAACCCCACAUCACCGUCGUACACCAAUGUCAGUUCAGCCUUCAGACCACCAAACAACAACGAGCACUCGAAAAAUAAUAAUGGUAGCAGAACGACUCCGACGACGAUACCGCCAAUGGGACCAUAUCCAGCGGCCGCUACCUUCGUCGGUUACCCGUCAGUGCCGCAACCUGUGCCAGGCUGCUCGCCACCCGUCGAUGACAAGCACAACUCUCUUUUGCAGUUGAAGUCUCCCAAAGAGGAAACAAUAAACGCUCGACUUAACGAGCCUCCUAUCAAGCACAAUAACAACAACAGCAGCAGCAAUCCACAGAUCGGUAGCCCAGACGCCAACUCCAAGCAGUACACAAUCCUGCAGCCGGCGGGCGUUGGCUCGCGUGCCGCAACAGCCAUACAAGACAUCACUCGCGAAGGUGUCGUCAGCGUAACCGCCGUUAGCAGUACGAAUGCUGCAACGAACGCAGCCAACAAGUCAGUAAGCGUCGGCAAUGGAAGCGGUAGCACUGGUACCGUACCUAACAAUAGUAUUGUGGUCACGACCAUGACUACCACUCCAACGACGGCCAGCCCUUCGACUAUCGGAGACGUUACUACAAACAAUAUCGCCGUACAGCAAGAUAGCGGAAUGAAAACGAAUUCGUUUGAUACUGCUAGACCGGGCAUAUCGAUGUCACCUUCUAGCAUCGGUAGGGAGGGCAACAAGUGCCCGACGCCCGGCUGCACGGGGCAGGGUCAUGUGACCGGACUCUACUCGCACCACCGCAGCCUAUCCGGUUGUCCGCGCAAAGAUAAAUUAACGCCAGAAAUUCUGGCGAUGCAUGAGACUAUUUUGAAAUGUCCAACGCCUGGUUGCAACGGCCGAGGUCAUGUCAGCUCCAAUCGAAACACGCAUAGAAGCUUAUCCGGAUGCCCGAUUGCCGCGGCCAAUAAACAAGCCGCUCGCGAAGCACGACAUAAGGCACAAGUGUCAGGAAUACCACCAGAAUACAUAAGCACAAACCUACUGCCACCGACAAUGGACAGCAAGCUAUAUCCUCAGUACGUCUCUACAACGCAGCAAGAUACAAAGCCGGUGGUAUCGUCGCCGACGUACGACUACUACGGCGCGAGCAAGCCUGUAACAUCGAGUCUCAACGUCAAACCACCAAAGACACCCGAGGAUAGUAACCAGUCGCGCCACAAUGCCAACAAGGUCGUACCAAAAACCGAAAACACAUCUUCCUCGCAAAGUUGCUGCAGCCUGCCGCCCCAGCCAACACGACCCAACGCCAGUCAGGAACUUUUAGUACCAAAAACCGAGGAUUCGCCAUCGUGUCGCGUAGGAGGGCAGAACUCUCCCCCACCACCACCUCCACCUCCAAAUGCAGUACGGCAAGCACCGACGUACGACUCGUACCUCAGUCAAGACUCGAAUUCGUCGUCGAUGUCGUCAAUGGAAGCGAUGGGCGGUCGCACAAUGCAACCUCAGCACCCUGGUGCUCAUCACGUCUUACCCAUGCAACCAGCCGUCGCUUAUCCGAUGCCAAUGGGCGUGGAAGGUCAUCAGAUGCAACGUUCACCUUACGAGUCCUCGCUGCUGGCCAGUGCCGAUGACGUGUACUCGCACCAGCGCGAUCACACACGUGCUAAUUACAUGCAGCAUACGACUAACAUCGCCAGACCCGUUGUCACUUACUCGAACGAUAUCACUAGAGGAUACGAGAGUGCUGGGACGGCGAAUCACCGACCUUACGAUCCUGGCACCGCUGCAGCUUACGAACGUUACGACACACAAGCUUGUGCGACGUUACAGCCGCAGCAGCCGCAACAACAACAGCAAUUACAUGCGAGGCCAAAUAUGUACUACUUGGGACAGACGGGAAUGACACCCGAAGAGCAGGAGCGAGUUUAUCAUCAGGAAGCUGCUGCUGCUGCACAACAACACCAAAUGGCUAUGGCUGCUGCUACCGUUGCCAGCAUGAUGAAGACUGAAGAUGUAAAAUGCGUGACCGUCGCACAAGUUCAACAAAUGCAAAAAGCCAAUGGUCCGCCAACAUCGCCAGGGGGUACAGUUAUGGACUUGUCUACGUCGAGUGUGGCGUCAACUAGUCCACAGGCGGCACCCUAUGGAUCGAACAGUCUGAGUCCGCAAUACGGCGGCGGCCAGACCGUCGGUGGUAGCCCUCAAGCAGCGGCGAGCCCUCAUCUAACGGCCAGCCCCCAAGUACCCAGUCCCCAAGGCCAAACCCUCGACCUCAGCGUGAACAGACUGCACAGCGGAGCACCAAGUCCACAAUAUUCGACGGGAGGACACGGUACCGACGGUGUACCAGUACCAGUAGGUCCCGGAUUCACGGCGCCUCGACCGAUCGAGGAGCAAACCGAACCUGUUGAUUUCUCCACGGCCAAUGAACCAGUCAACUUCAGCGGGGGCAUCAGGCCUGUGCCAAGUUUUCCGCCAGGCGUUCAUGCAGCAGCUUACAGUCGCGAAAGUACACCUGAUAGUGGCGGAUCACAUUAUAUGGAUGCUUACAGAGAUCCAACAGGCUACGGACCAAUGAGUCCCCACCCAGGCUAUGGUAUGACAGGCGUUCAAGCAGAAUAUCCAGGCAACACAUACACACCCUACCCAACGGCAGGGUACCAGUGUGCAAGCGGUUACCCGGGCGGCCCCGUCACUUCGGGAUAUCAAAUACCUGCGGGUUACACGCCUGCACCGUGUUACAGUAUGCCUCCUCCACAGCACACGAUUGGCCCCCUCGACAAGCCCACGGGCAAGGACGAUAGUAUGAAUAUGAGAAGACAAUCAUUGAGUAUCGCGGGGGGCUGUGGCGUCAGUCCGAGGACGACCCCUCGCGGUCGUGACGGACGGGAGCUGAUACAGUGUCCCACGUCUUCCUGCGAUGGCAUGGGUCAUGUCUCAGGCAACUACGCUACCCACAGAAGUUUAUCCGGUUGCCCAAGAGCGGACCGAUCGCAAAUCCAAGCGCACUCGCAGGAACUGAAAUGCCCGACGCCGGGUUGCGAUGGUUCGGGACACGUUACGGGCAACUACUCAUCGCAUAGAAGCCUUUCGGGCUGCCCUCGGGCCAACAAGCCCAAAAGCAAGCCCCGCGACGGACAGGACUCUGAGCCGCUGAGAUGUCCCAUUCCAGGCUGCGACGGAUCUGGUCAUGCCACUGGUAAAUUCCUCUCUCAUCGCAGCGCAUCGGGCUGCCCCAUCGCGAAUCGCAACAAGAUGAGGGUCCUCGAGUCAGGCGGCACGGUCGAGCAGCACAAAGCCGCGGUCGCAGCGGCCACUGCCAUGAAAUUCGAGGGCGUCAAUUGUCCAACACCCGGCUGCGACGGCAUCGGCCACAUCAACGGCUCCUUCUCCACGCACCGUAGCCUCUCUGGCUGCCCCAUCGCUGGACACACAGUCAAGAAGCCCAAAUUCGAGGACAUGUCCGCCAUGUACGGUAAAGGCAUCACAGGAAUACCGUCAUCACUGGGACCAGUGGGUCCAUCGGCAUUGUCCGCCGGUGUUACUCCAGUCGGCUCAACAAAUAAUAAUCCCAGUGUCGGUGGUGGUGGAACGGGAAGCGUUGGCAGUGUAACACCAGGUCAGACCGAGGACCUGUAUACACUGGAGGCUGAGAUCACAGAGCUGCAGCGUGAAAACGCUCGGGUUGAGUCGCAGGUACUGCGUCUGCGCUCCGACAUCACCGCUAUGGAGAAUCAACUGAAACACGGCGACAAGGACAAUGCCGUCAUAUCUCAGCGCAAUAACAACCUGAACGAGUACUACGCAUCGCUACGUGAAAACAUGAUAAGCCUAUUGGAGCACGUGCGAAUCCCGGGUUCAGCGGGUGCCGUAGGACCAGGUGCAACAGCAGUGAUCGCACCGAGCGAAAAGAUGGGCCAUGAGAACUUUGACAGUUACCUAACGAAGCUGCAAACUCUGUGCACGGCUGACGGUUAUUGUACCGAUGAGUCACAACGGCCAAUUUACGAGACCGUGAAAACCGCGCUGCAGGACUUCACGGUGCUGCCGACGCCCAUCUGAGAUCAGGGCCUGUACCUGCGCAACGAUUACUGAGGAGAGCUUCCGCGGAUCAAUUAUUCAACGUUACUGUAAAGAGCUGCAGCGACAAGGGGCUGUUCUCUCGCCAACUGCGCAGUAUAUACCUUGAUUUUGUCCUAUUCCUUUUUGUCCUUUUUGUCCAUUUCUCUUUAGUUUCUCCGGUUUUCGUUUGUACAUAGAUAGGCCGAAAAAAGUAUAUCUGUAAAUAAGACGUAACACAAGUUGUAGCUCUGUAAGUCGUUUAUAUAUUAUAUAUUAUACACGAAAAUCAUGUGAAAAAUGAAAAAACAAUUGAUAUUAGGCAAACAGGAGAUUAUAGGGAGAGGGAGUGAACAUUAGAAUUUUGAGUGAUGACACAAGUUAUACGAUGAGAGUGAGUGGUGUAAAAGAAAAUAAAAAUGGGAAGGUGUUAGCUUAGCAUGUAUAUCGAUCACUCCUGCAAACUUGCGCUUAGGAUCUUCAAGUAUUAUGUAACUAUGGCUAUUAUCGUUCACCCCGUUUCACAUUACCACUGUUUAUCUGUCACCGGACCGCCGUCGCCGCUGCCGCACCGCCAACGCGCACCCACGAACGGUCGACCCUAAUUAUUACUACUCUACUGGAUAUUUCGCCAUAUUAACCAUUUCAACAUCGAUUAAAGCGAGCAUGAGUGUAUGUCUGCGUGUAUGUGAGUAAUGCAAGGAAGACUUUUAGUGCGACUGUUCAUUGUUGAAUUACCAUUGACACCUCGAGAGUUCGUAAUCGUGUGUCGCGUUCGUAACGAGCGACGCUGUUUAUAAUGUGUACAUAUAUAUUACUUAUAUCUGUAAGAAUAAACGCGAGCUUCUCGUCAGUAUUACGCGAUGCGCACUCUUUAGACAUAAUAAUUUCGCAAGUUUUUCUCUUUCUUUUCUCGACUGUCUUAUUCGUGAGAAGUUUACCAAAAAGAGCAUGCUGCAGCUGAUAAAAGAAGCGAAUAUCUGAGUUUUUCAACGAGCACGCGCAAGCGGGAGACCAAUGGAUGAAGGUGCAAUCGUUCUUUUGCGUUUUUCUUUAACCUUUGUUUUCCUUCGAUGGACGUGCAAAAGAAUGUCAAAUCGACUCUAAUGCGAUACGCGACUUUUUUAACGAUAUCAAUAGCAUUUCUCAAUAGCACACUUCCCUUUUCUCUUUUUCUAUUCUAGGUAUUUUUAUAAUUUUCUUACGAGCCUUUUCGCAAAUAAAGCUACUGUUCAUUUUACAAAUAUAAAUAAUAACGAUCGCAUACGAGUUUUGAAGCAUAGCAUUGGUCUCGCAUGUAUCAUUGAGACUUCAUCGAAUAUAAAAAGAAACACGAUCUUAAGUGCAAUAACCGAAAAAAAGUAUGUCAAUUUCAUUGCACUCGAUUUUUUCGUCGGUAUAAGGGUCACUUACCCGAGUAUCAGUGAUAUUUAGAGUUUAUUAAGCAUUCUAGCUAUUUGAAAUUUAUCGUGAUAUAGGUUAUUCAUUGAGUAUUACGAAUAAUUUAUUUACUACCUAAGAUUGCCAAUCAGUGAUUUGCAUUAGCCCAUUAUUUAUUUAUUGUUAAAAUUUUAUUCUCCUUUUUUCCAUUGCCAAUUUUUUAUUGUUAUAAGAGUAGAAUCCUUACGAUUAAUUGAAUUCUUUCGGUGUUCGGCUUUGUUAUACGUUUAGUUCAUCUAAGGUAUUUUAAAUAGCUCAUUAAAUUUGUCCAAAAUCAAGUAGGAAUGCCGCAUAUACAUAUAUGUAGUAUACUUUGGAGGAAUAGAGUUAUGCACAGUUAAAAUACCUCGGGUGGUCUUGCCAUCAUUAUUAUUCUUGAUUAACAUUCAUAUAUUUGUUCAUACUGCACUGCAACAUAAUAUCUGCUAAUGUUUUAUAAAGAAUAAACAAAAAAUACAUUAUCUAGAAAAUUUCUCACUGUAUCGUUGUUGAAUGAGCUAAAUAUGUGAAUUUAUCAUAAAAAUACACAGCGAAAUUAACAGUGCGUGUUCCUCUCAUGAAAAACGUUUUAUGAUCAAUUGUAUAUGACCGUAUUAAAUGAAAAGAACAGCCCACAGUAUUUGCGCCUAGUCAGUAAACUAAAAAACAAGUAGAUUACGUUUGUAAAUGAUAUAUUAACUUUUCAUUUAUGUGGCCAACUAUUUGUUAUUUAUUAAUUACUAGUAAAGUGUUGGUUCGACAAUCUUAUCUUAUUUUCAAUUUUUUCAAUUUUGCUUCAUCAAUACACCGUUUCGCUCCAUAUAAUUACCUCUAUAUCUUGUACAGAUUUAUAGAUAGCUAAUGUUGAUUUAGAUUUUACAUCAUACAAGUAUACGGUUGACGUCAACUUUGAAUACUAAAGAAAAAAAAACACGAAAUCCAAGUCAAAAAGCGAGUGUUCUUAAUCUAUUUGUAUAUUUUAAGAACUUAUAUAUAUCACGCUAUAAAAAAAGCAAGGAGUACGCGAGAAAUUACGAUAUGCAUGUAUACUUAUCAGCGAGUGAUUGGAAAAAGAGGAACGACAAAUAGGAAUAGAUAAAUUGAUUGACAAUUUUCGUUUGUACAAUUAAAUUUUUGAGCCACGUGUCGCGCGCAUUCUGAUUCGCACUGAUAUUCAUCGAUUUUUUCACGAACGCAUACUUCGCGUCCUUGACGUUUAUUGUUGCGCAUGUGUGUACGUAUGUAUGUACGCGUGUGUAUAUAUACAACUUACCUUAUUGCUCUGAUCUCGUGCGCGACAAAGGGAAAACAUCAUGCAGAAUUAUAUGUGCGCGCGAUAUGUAUUGGUCGCGUCAAUAUAUAGACUGUGAAUUUACAAUUUGUACCAAUGAGCUACAUAGGCAAUUAACCGAGGUUCAUGUAAAAUGUACAUAAAGCGAGAAAAUGAAUGAGAAGUUUGAGUAAAGAAGAGUCGAACAAAAGAUUAUUUACACGAGUGUGCAAUUCUGACGAAUUAUUAAGCAAAUGAACAUAGUGAAAACAGCGCCAUCGUGGAAAUAUACCUUUUAACCAGCACCGUGUAGUCUGAGUAAAAUAAUAACGAAAAAAAUAAAAAUUUUAGCUGAUAGCGACUAGACAGGAAUGACAAUUAAAUGAUUUAAAGCCGUCGAAAAUUAAAAAAAAAACCUGUCGGGAAUGCGGAAUGUAUACGUGAGCGUGAGUAUGAGAUAAACAGAGACAAACAAACAGUUAUCACGUUUGUAUCUAUAUGUAUGGCGUUUUCCUGCAUAAUCCUUUUGUAAUUUUUUUCGCGCAGCGCACAUGAAGUUGUGAGAAAUUUCCUCCAUUUUCUCAUUUUUCUUUUUCGUCGCAGACAGAGCAGAUGGAACAUAAAGUGACGACGAUAAAAGUAUGUCUGCCCUUGUUAUCGUACGUGUAUCUCGGAGGUUUGAAUAAAAGCGAAUAACGAGGUAUUAUCAGUGUGUGCGCGAAUACGAUGGCCAACUGUUACUGAAUUCGUGACGAUAUGAUUAUUAUCAUCAUUCAGUCCGUUAUAUUAUUAUCACGUCGUUAUAUUAUGCGGUCUCACUUCUUUUCGUUGAUUAUUAUUAUUAUAUUCAUCAUUGGAGCAUUAUUAUAAUUAUUAUCACUAUUGUUGCAAUUGAUAAAGUUCUACGAGACAUAAGUUUCAACAAUAUGCUUUAAGUCAUAAGUAUAAAUGUUACUCUGAUUGAAUAAAGCGUAUUUA